GAUAGAUGGCAGUUAAAACGCUAACAAAAGUAAACAAAGGCUCCGACGAUUAUGUCGGUUUACUACUACAUUCUGAGUCAUAAGUACAUUCUAACUGUAUAAUUCUGAGCAUAAAUGUGUAUGGAUUAACGUUACCGAUACAAUUGUAGCGAUAUACCUUGAUUUAUCGCGAAUUUUGGACGAAAUAAAAACAUUCAAGAAAUUUUCCUGGAUUUGUCAAAGAUGGCGACUUUUGAUGGAAGUAAGACCUGCCUUGUCGAUAUGAACGACCUGGACAUAUGUGUAUAUCGCUUGCUAACAAACGUGGAGUGUAAACCUAGACAUGAAAUCACUGAGCAAUUGGUGAUGGACGUAGAUGAUAGUCUGUUGAUUGAGUCUAGAAGUAUAUUGUUUGAAAUGGCGAAGAACAAAUUCUCAAAUCAGUGCAUGAAGGAAUUUGGGCCGAUUUCCGCCCGUGGAUAUGAACAGCUAGAGGAUGUUAAACCCAAGAAACGGACUGGCGACAAGAAAAGCAUGAGCAUCGCUAAUGAUAUUUAUGAACUUUACACAUACCAAACGGAUCUAAUCGACGUUUUUCCAAGGUGUGUGUCUUCGCCUACAAGUCACAUUCCGGUACUGAAGAAGCGGGGCACACAGCCCCCUACCGCACCCCAAAUGGAUUUAACACUGAAAUUGAUGGAUUUAACACAACAAGUGAAAGAGAUAAGUAAGGAGUUAGCACAAGUAAAGAAAGACUAUGAAAGUGAUGUUAAUAGACUGAACAGAAUGGUGAAUACACUAAAGAUCGAAUUAGGUCAACACACAUGCGAUGUGAUUAGCCCUAUGUUUUCCAAGCCUAAUAGGCUAAGGGCUAAUUCUGUUCCGACCAGUUCCACAGUCAACGUAGCCAAUUCCCAAACAGCUGUUCGCUCAAAACAACAACAAAUAGGUGAUACUAACAACAAACCCGAAACUCAAGGUCAUUGCAACUCUACCUGUAAUACUCAGUGUGCCGACUCAACGCCAACCUCAGGGGCAAUGCCCCCUAGUUCGAAUACUACAUUCAGCUUUAUACAGCCAAGCACCGUUAUUAAGGACACAACUGUGAUCGACAAAAACACACGUGAAAACAUGAAAACGCCAAAAACUGGAAUUAAACCCUCAACGACAGUAGCCAUAGGUGAUGAAUCUAAAGAAGAAACCGAUGGGUUCACGUUGGUUGAACGUCGUAGAAAGUCACCUGUCGCCACCGAAAACCGCUUUGGUGAAGAGAGACCAGCGAAAAUGCAGACUUUAGGGAAGACCCCGAAGCCCAAUAAACCACAUGACGUUAAAGAGACGCCUGUUAACAAGCCAAUGAAAGGUCUCAAGGUUGCGUCUUUUGAAAGAUCGCAAUCGCUAUACCUCGAAAAUAUUCAAAUGGACGAUAAUGAUACCGAUGAUGAUAUUAUUGCACUUGUUAAAGAACAUGCAAAAAGUAAGGGGAUCAAGUUAAUGCAAGCAUACGUUAUCCAUAACCGAUUCUCGAUGUAUCGUGUUGGCGUCAGAAUGACUGUUCCCGUCUCAUCAGCAGAUAAGGCUGUUGAAGAUGAUUCAUGGCCUGCCCCGAUAAAAUGUCGCCAAUGGCAGCGCUUCAGGCAGAACGCAAAUUAUGGUGACAACAUUCCCUCCCGGAUUACAUAUAGGUCCAGACGAUAUCAACAUGAUAAUAACCUUAUCGAUCGACCGUCAUGGGAACGCGAUGAUGAGAAAACUGACUAUUUUAAAGACGACAAUAUGUACCACAGGAACAUGUGUGACGCAACACGGGAGUAUGUACGGGAGAAAUUCGGCAAUAACCUGGGAGCAACAGGUUCUUACGCUGACUGGUAG